CACCGCCGACUGACACCGUCGCAUUGGCUUCCUACCCCAGAGUCAUCAUCAACAACACUAUCCACAGCCAGAAGCGCUUGCGCGAAUUGUCCCUGGCUGAGACACCCCUAAUCCAAGUUACUGCGCCGACGGGAUCGCAUUCCAUCCGCAGCCCCCGAGCGCAUCGCCCGCGGCCUCUAAUUAUCCAACCCAACCCGCCGCGCAUCAGUCGCACCGACACCUCACCACCAACCACGAUGUGCAACAAGGCUAUCUUCUCCUACGUCUACGCCGAUGGGCGCAGGGUGGACGAGGUUCAGCAAGAGCUAUGCGACGAGUCGCGCCAUGGCCAGCCGUGCAAGCUCACGAAGACAUAUCAGCAUCCUACCGAGUACCUUCGCCCCGGCCAGCUAAACCCGACGCCGUCCUAUGGCUUCAGCCAAUUCCCACCCACCCCGCCAAUGUCGUCUCACUCCGGGUCUACCUCGGACUCGGAGCGCUCAUCCAAGUCGCGACGUUCGGUCUACGUCAGCGGCGAGAAGGUCGUCGACCUGAACAGGCGGCCGUCGCGCCGCGAAAAGGGCGAGCGCACGAUCUAUGUGGAGAGCCCAUCGCUCUCGCGCGCACCAGCCCGCAAGUACAGCGUGUCGCAUAGCCCGGUUUCCAGCGUCCGCGAUAGAGAUCUCGGCAGCCCAGAAUCCCGACACCGUUCCACAUCCGGCGAGCGCGACCGCUCCAGUUCCACCUCCUCGCGCCACGGGCGAAGCAUCGAAGUCAAGGUGAUCAACGAGCCGCGACGCGACGAGCACCGAAGGAAUGGUUCCAAGACGAGCUCCCAGGGAGACCACGACGAUGACGAUGAGCGCAAGGAGCGUCGCAGAAGCAGCCAUGUCCGGUUUGAGGACGACGAAAAGCAGAGGCAGAUUCAAUCCAAGAUCGAACAGGCCAACGAGGCCAUCGCCAAUCGACCUGUCAUCCUCCCGACCACAAAAGCGCUACCAGCACCAUCACGGUACCGCCGAGGCUCAGUAGUGGUAGAGCGGUCCAACACCGCCUUGGUAGCCGCUAUGGACCACCUCAGCCUCGAUCGGGAGAGAAGGCGAAACGAGAAGCGCGCGGCAGACAUCCGACAGAAGGAGGAGGAGGCGCAGAGGCAGAGGCUCAGAGACCGGAUGGCACCCGAGCGCAUGGCACCUAGGCGCCGGGCCACUGUCAGCCAGGACCCUGGGCGACAGAUGAUACAGUUCAACGAUGCGCCAUACUAUGUUCGGUAAACCAACAACCAACAACCAAAAAAAAUUACAAAAAAGAAACAAAAAAAAACACCAUCAUCGUGCAUCAUUAUCAUUAUCAUUAUCACCAACCAAGGGCAUAUUCUCAUGAGGGCUAUCAUAUUAAGGA